AUGGUUGCCUUUUUACUUGCCACUUCCUAUACAUCGAGUCCUUUGAAAUUAGAGUAUUCAGCACUUGGCGAUGUGACUAUUUUCAUUUCAUAUGGUCCUGUAUUAGUUGGACUUUCAUUUAUUGUCCAAGCUGGAUAUUUUGAUUGGAUUGCCAUCUACUAUGCUCUUCCAACUACCAUUAUCAAUACAGCGGUUAUGCAUAUUAAUAAUAGUCGUGAUGCAAUCACUGAUGUACAAGCUGGUGUUAGAACCAUAGCUAAUUUUAUUGGACCUCAAAAUUGUUUCUAUUUACUCUUAAUUUAUUAUUGCACGGCAUUUUUAAUAUUACCUUUAAUUUCAAUUGAAAUGGAUUCAUUUAUGGUUUUACUACCUUUAAUCACUAUUCCAAAAGCUUAUAUCAUUUGUAAGAAAUUUUGA